CCUCCCGCUGAUGCUCGUGCGCGUGCGUCGUACUGUCACUGGUGUGCCGCGUGCCAGACAGCUGCAGCAGCCAGCUCGCGGCAUGUGGAGCUGAGCUCAGGGGGGAUGUGACUCCGUUUAACCAGCAUCGAUUUUAGCGAAGCUAGUCGAUAGUCGGGGACGAGCCUUUGGUAAAGUGACAGCGUUUGGGUGACGGACGGCUCCCCUGGACAGAGAGGGAGAGAAUGAGAAUAGAGGAAUUUGUUUCUGCUUGUAGGUACAGAAGCUCCGCAGAAGUGGAAGAAGAAGAAGACGGGAAACUAGCCAGAAAGAUUUUGACAUGAAGAAGGACAUAGACACUUUGAUAGCAGAGGAACGGGCUGAAAUCAUAUCUAAAUAUGACAAGGGCAGGCAGGAGGGUGUCAACAUUGAUCCAUGGGAGGAUGCUGACUACAGCAUCUAUAAGGUCACUGACCGCUUCGGCUUCCUGCAUGAGAAAGAGCUGCCAACACCCAGUGUGCUUGAAGAAAAGCAAAAACAUCAGGAGGUGGAGCGAGCAGAAAAAUGGCUAAAGAUGGUAAAGAACUGGGACAAGUACAAGAACAGUGAAAAGUUGGUGAAGCGUGUGUAUAAAGGCAUCCCUCUACAACUGAGAGGCCAGGCCUGGGCUCUGCUUUUGGAUGUGGAGAAAGUCAAAAAUGAAAAUGAAGGAAAAUAUGAGAAAAUGAAGCAGCAGGCUCGUAGCUUCUCCACUGAGAUCAAACAGAUUGACUUGGACGUCAACAGGACCUUUAGGAACAACAUCAUGUUCAGGGACCGCUUUGGAGUCAAGCAGCAGGCCCUGUUUCACGUCUUAGCAGCCUACUCUGUGUACAACACGGAGGUGAGCUACUGCCAGGGGAUGAGUCAGAUCGCUGCCAUCUUGCUCAUGUUCUUGAAUGAAGAAGAAGCCUUCUGGGCUCUGUCUCAGCUGCUCACCAACAGCAAGCAUGCCAUGCAUGGGUUCUUCAUCCCAGGAUUUCCCAAGUUGCAGCGUUUCCAAGCCCACCAUGAACGUAUCCUCUCCAAAAUGCUGCCAAAGCUGAAGAAGCACCUGGACAAAGAGCAGAUGACAACUGGGAUUUACUCCACCAAAUGGUUUCUGCAGUGCUUCAUUGAAAGAACCCCUUUCACCCUCACCCUGCGUUUGUGGGACAUCUACAUAUUGGAGGGGGAGAAGAUGCUAAAUGCCAUGGCUUACACAACCUUCAAGUUACACAAAAAGCGCUUGCAGAAGCUUCAGUUAGAGGACCUGCGGGAGUUUCUCCAAGAGCAGCUGGCUGUUUCCUUCUUCCUUCCUGAUGAUGUGGUGAUUGAACAGUUGCAGGCCUCCAUGUCUGAGCUACGGAGUAAAAAGCUGGACCAGCCUCCCCCAGCCAAGUCAGAGGAGCUGCCAAAGAAACCUCUGGGUCAAGAGAGACCAGUUCUCCUUCGGCCCAUAACACCCGACUCUCCUCCAGAGAGAAAAAACAAUCUGCAGCCCCACAGCCAACCAAACACAGAGACUGAGCCAUCAGACAGCACUGCCUUACUUCAAGAUUCCCCUCCUCUUGAGCCCCACAACUCUACAGAACCUCCUCAGCCUUCACCUGAACCAGUUGUACUCCAAACACAACAAACGCCAUCCCCACUGAGGCCCUGUAGAGCUCCUCCAUUACCUCCAAAGGCAGAUAAACUCUGUGUUGACAUUAGUUUGAACAGAGAUGUGAAGGAGUCGGCUCCACAGGCAAGCCAGACUGAAGAAGAGGAGAAACAGGAAAGCCAGCCUGAGGAGCCAGACACUGAGGAGAAGCCCAUGGAGUGGCCUCCCCCCUAUGAGCCUCCUGAUAUGGAUGCAUUUGCCAUGCAGACAGAGGAGAUCAUUGACCUUCCAGAUUUGCCGCCUCCUCCUUUGUUUUACCCUGAGCAGGAAGACCAAAGUGUCCAAGAGACCCAGCACAGCUCUCCAUCCCCCCGCUCAGCCUCACCACAGAUCCCUAAAAUGAAGCCAUCUCCAAAACCAUGUCUGAAACCACCAACAUCUCUGGACCUAACACGGAAAAAUCCUCCGCCCUUUAAGCCUUCCCCUCCCCGUGCCUUCACCUCCUCCUCCAGGAUUCCACCACCGAAGCCAACCAAGUUCCCCGUCUCUCUCUAUGUCCCAGUGUCCACAGGAGAUCGACGACCCUCAAACACCUCACAGUAUGACAACCUGUCUGAUGCUGACGAAGACGAACGCUACCUGGAGAGGCUUCUGAGCUCCACGCCUGAGGAAGUCCCCUGCGAGCCUCCAAAUACCAUCGACAGAGACUACGACCCUACUCUCUACCCUUUGCCACCACCUCCUGUCUUCAUCCCUCCCUCCCCCUCUCCUCUUCCUCCCUCACUUUGCAUUCUCCCCAGUUUGCCUCAGGAGCCAGAGUAUGAAGGAGAGGACAGCUGGGUUGAGGACUCUAUCAUCCCCCCUCCACCGCCCAAUUUUGCUGACAGACUCACUCCCUUUCAGUGUAACGCCGUCAGUUGUUCAGACACACACAGAGCCGCCUCGCCUGGUUACUCUAAGCCUUUCUCCAGGGGCCCCAGGGACCAUUCUGCUUUCCCAGCACCACUGUUGUACACGGGGUCUCCUCCAGGCCACCCAAGGCCCUCAGGACAGUCAGCGGUUGGGGUGCCCUUGGUCCGAUCGAGCCCAGACUUUUGUAGGAUGCCUCCAGCUGGACAGCAGCUGCCCAAAUCAGUGACCUUUUAAAGUUUCCAUGUGUUGCUGAUUUUGCCAACACGAUUCAGACUUUGUGAAAGCUUGAUUCAUUUUUUAAGCCAUAUAAGACAUAGAAGGCCAGUAUCAGUUUGGUGAGUCAAAGAUCUGUGUGUGUGUGUGCUGUGAGAAAACUUUUUCACUGAUAUAUACAGAUUUCUGUGAGAUUUGCACCUUUAUAACAAGGGCAGUUCACUUUUCUAAGUGUCAAACAUGUAUUUAAAACUGCUGUUUGUCAUUUUA